AUGUCUUGUGUCAAACAAGGCUCACCAUUGUUCGGCGUCACUAAGGCCUUUACAUUCUUGCCAUCUCAUGCUUCACCAUUUAAAGAAUUCAAUAAGAUUAGAGAAACAAUCAGAAUGAAGCUUUGUGAUGCUUUAAUUGUUCCUUGUGAAAUGUUCAAUAAUCAGAAAACAUUUUGCAAGCCUAGCUCAGCAGUUACCGUUUACCCUAGAUUUCGGAGGAUUUUGAACAAGAUGAACAAAUUAGGGGCCUCUCUAUCUGGCCUUUCUUCCUUAGAAAUGUGUCUUGUGCAUCCUUUUCUUGAUCAAGAUAUGUAUAGGCCAAGUCUAGACUUUCUUGGUAUCCAUCAUCAAGAUUCCUGGUAUAAAGAAUGCUUUACUGCUUGCAAUCUUGUGUCUCAAGCUUCUGAUGACAUGUACAUUGAUAUCUUGUAUUUCAUUAGCCAGUACAUAAGUGGCUCUAUAGCGAGCCAUCCUAUAUUAAAGAUGAUCAAUGAGAAGAGUGAGAUUGAUUGGUAUAUUAUUAUUACCAAUAGGAAAGAAAGAACUAAGAUUCAAUACUGCGUACAGGAGGAACUUCACGUCUGGCUGCAAAAGUGUAAUAUUCAGUUUUGCUGCCCAGUUUUCUUCUUGCCUAAUUCCACCCAGGUUGCUCUGACUAGGCACCGUAAAGGUAAAAUUGUUUCCUAUUGGCUGUUGUCUUAUGCUGGGGUGAAAACUUGCUCAGCAUAUGAAUAUAGCUCCAUGCUUUGUGAUUACAUAUCUCAUAAAGGGGAGUCGAAUGGCGUGCUUAUGUUGGCUCACUUUCUGUAUCACAGUAAGCAGAAGAAGUUCUUGACAGACACUGAUAUUUCUUCAAUUGCACGAUUGCUACCUGUCAUAGAUGGCUCUAGCUGUGUAAGAGCUCAAAGAACUGAGACUCUUGUAGCUGCAUCAGGAAGUAAAUGGGCUAAGCUAUUUGGACCAAAUAAUCCAUUCGGACAAGAAAACUAUAUUGAUUUAUCAGAAACUUAUGCUGCAAAUGGUGUUUUUGCUGCUGAGAAUACACCUGAUAAAAUGCUUCUCAGAUUUCUGACGCUCAAUGCUGCAGCCCGAGACCUGCCUGAGAUAUCUCUUCCGAAUUUGCCUCUUCAAGUAGCAUCUUCGCUAAUGACAUGUGAGCAAGCUUUCUUGCUGUUGGACUGGAUUAGAUUUCACCGAACCAGAGGUGAAAACAUGCCAGAAAAGUUUAUCGAAAGCAUUCGUUCUGGCAAGUGGAUGAAGACAAAAACUGGAGUCGACUGUCCAAGUAGUUGCACAAUUCCAACCAAAAGUGAAAAGGCAAUACUAGAACUAAUGAAAGGUGUGCUAAGUGGUUUCUCUAUUGUGGAAGAAGAUUUUUAUGGUGAUCAGAUCAGGUUAUAUAUAGAUGAAUUGACAUUUCUUGGUGUUAAAUGUGGGAUAAAUGGUGUGCAGAAGAUUAUCAUGGAUCGUUUCAAGGUUUUGUCUUCUACUACCAUGAAAAGAGAGGAAGCGUUCUCACUUCUUCUAUUCAUUGGCUUCUUGAAGGAAAGGAAAAUGCUAGAUGAGCAAUGGAUAAACACUAUGAGUAAUGCCAGAUGGCUGAAAACUUGUAAAUGCUAUGCUGCUCCCAGGGAUUCUGUUUUAUUUGAAUCAGAUUCGGAAGCUGAAGCUGCAUAUUUGGUAACUAGUUUACAAGUAGUUGAUGACAAGUUCUAUGGGGGCAAACUUCAUUCUUAUCUUGAUGAACUUCAGCUUCUAGGCCUCAAGUUUGGAUUGGGGGUGUAUUCGUUGGCUGCAGAGAAUCUUUCUUUUCCUGAAAAUCCUUUAUCUAUGACUUCUAAUCGUGGUUAUUUUGUACUUAAUUGCUUAAAAAACAUGAAAUCUUCAGUUGCACCAUUUAUGCAGAAAGUCAGCAGUGCUCCUUGGUUGAAAACAAGCUUUGGUUUUAGAUGCCCUUCAGCCACAAUUCUUGAUAAACCAGACUGUGCCUGUUUGCUGAAAAUUGUCAAAGUUCCAAUAAAAGAUGAAAUUUUCUAUGGGGAAGGAAUCAAAUUAUACGCAGAUGAACUUAAAGCAAUCGGAGUUGCUGUUGAUCUUAAAGAUAUAUUGAAGAUAGUCAUUAGUGAAUUGAAGACCCUUUUGGCAUCGUCUGUGGCUUCAGAUCUUUUGAUCAAGCUGUUGCAUUGCAUCACAGAGCUGAAAAAAACUAAGUCUUCUGUUUUAGCGGAUUUGUGUGAAUGCUUGAUUAAGGAGGAGUUUUUAAGAACUCGACAUGGACACAAGAAGCCUGGAGAAUCUAUUCUUUUUAAUUCUAAGUGGGCAUCUAUUUCAUUCUUUGUGGAUCUCCCUCUCAUUGAUGAUUCUUUCUACGGAAUUGAAAUUUAUGGUUUUAAAGAAGAACUGAAGAUGCUGGGUGUAUUGUGUAGCUUGGAAGAAGGGGCUAUAUUCGUUGCUAAAGGGCUGAAAAGGCCGAUUGAACAAGGACUUUUGACAGCUGAAGGCACACUUUCAUUGCUACAAUGCUUGGAAAUUUUGAUGGCCGAUGAAAAUGGUCACUCGUUUCUCAAGAAUUUCAUUGACAACAUGAUGCAAAGUGAGCUCCUAAUGACAAGCUGUGGAUAUAAAUUGCCAAAGGAUACUCUCCUUUUCCAGUUUGCAUGGAGUGAGUUGCUUGAGCUGACAGAUGCUCCUUUCAUAAAUAAUAAAUACUAUGGAACUGAUAUGUCUGCUUAUAUUGAUCCACUUAAAAAAAUUGGGGUUAAGGUUGAUCUUGAGGAGGUCUGCUUAGCUUUAUCACUCUGUCUUCCAUUAUUCUCUGAAACUCCUCCCAUUAAACGGAUAUAUCGUUUUCUCAAGGAAUUUCGUUGGAAACCUGUUUCACUAGAAUCAGCAAGCUCGCAGAUCUGGAUUCCUUCAAAUGAAUCAUCUAGAGAGGGAAUGUGGGUGGAUUCUGAGUUGUGUGUGCUUCAUGACAAAACCAAUAAUUUUGCACCUAUUUUAUAUUCUUUGGAAAGAUUUUAUGAAAAAGAGUUGCUUCCGUUCUUCAACACUGCUUUUCGAGUCAUGGAAUGUCCUUCAACAGAUCACUACUUGCAAAUAUGGAGCCUUUGGGAGACUAGGGAGACCCUUGCACUCUUAGAAACUGAAUGCAGCUUCUUUUGGAGUUAUAUUCUCAAGAACUGGAAUCAGGAGAUGGAGGAUACUCUUAAGAAGAAAUUGGCCAAAGUACCUUCAUCGUUGCCAGAUGGGAACAUCAUCUUAGUUAGCAAAGAACUUGUGGUUGUUCCCGAUGAUUUGUGGCCUAAAAAGAUAUUCAUAGGCUCCGAAGGCUCCCCUUUAUAUAUGUGGCUACCUAAGGGAAAUGUGUUCUCUUCUGUUUCCCCAUCUAAAUUAUGUGCAGUCUACAAUGUGAUUGGGGUGAGAAAAAUCUCUGAGUGCGUGAAAUGCAGUGUUAUGAUUAUGCCAUCUUCAACUCAAUGUACUGAAGUUGAUCUGAAGAAGAAGCUGAUUGUUAAAGGCCUGAUUAAAAUAAUAUUGGGCUUUCUUGCCUGUAAAAUUCACUUAUCCACCAAGAGUAGACAUGAAGCAGUAAAUUCUUUGCUUAACCUUUCUGUUUUUGGAAGCAAUGAAAACAAGGCCAGUGCAGAGUUUGUGAGUUCCUUUGCUACAGAAAUUGCAGAAGGAUUGCUUCUGGAAGAGAGAGCAGUCAUUGUAAAUGACCAGCGGAAUCUUAUCCAGAUGAGUUUUUUGUUCGAGUUUCAGGAGCACUCAAUUCAGUAUUUGCUUACCAAAGACAAUAUUGAGGUUUUAGUGGAAGACGAAGAGUUUCUUGCUACUGCCUUUCCUGUAGUGGAAGGCUUGUAUGCUGCAGGUUACGGAAAACGGGCUUUAACUCAGCAGGUGUUAUUGGCUCCAUUGGCACCAAGUGUUUCCCAAGUUGUAAAGAGAAGAAAAUUGAAUGACAUAGUGGCAGCUGAAAAUGAAGGGAGACCAAAAUCAAAUUUCUUAAAAGCUGAUGGCAAAAGAGUGUUGUCAUUUGAUAUAAAAGAGGAAGCUCGUGAUCCUCUUCCCAUCAAGCCAAAGAAGCCUCCUACGUGCUUUUUCGAAUUCGUUAUCGAUGUUCAAAAUAACAUUAAAAUUGCUUGUGUUGAUGUGGAUUCCUUUUGGUUUCACACAUUAAUUCGGGAGGAGUUUAAGAAGCAAUACAAACUGGAGCACUCUAAUUAUAAGUCAUUUGGUGAUGUCCUUAAAGCUGCUUCAAAAAAGUGGAGAGCCAUGUCUGAUCUUGAAAAGGCUCCCUACAUCAAAGUUACAGAGAAGAAAAAGGCUGACUAUGAAAAUGAGUUGCAAGUGUACUACAAGAAAAUGGUGCCAAUGUACAUCUUAACACUUCUGAAGCAGUUUUGA